AGUCCACAAAAAAGAGAACUUGUGUGCUCCAAGUGAACCAUCACCACAAAAAAGUGGAACAAAUUUGAGGGCCACACAUCCCCUAGAUAUUCCAGAUCGAUAUCCAGCAGUUUCCACAUGGACCAAUCACAACUCACAUACAAUCAUCUCUAGCCAAUAACAUUCAACAUUAGGAUUUUACAUAUAUCCCACUCCUCUUGCAUAUACUUGUACUCCCAGCCAUUCUACUCAUCAUUCUCACUUAUUUCUCUCAAACUCUCAAUUUUUCUCAGUUCACAAUCUUUUGUAGUAACUAUGGCGGCUCAGUCUCUGAUGAGCUGCGGCGUGGCCGCUGUUUACCCUUCAGUUCUUUCUUCUUCCAAGUCUAAAUUUGCAGCUGCAUUGCCAAUGUCUAUGGUUAGUGCUAAUGGUGCAUCUUCCAAGUUCUCUAUGUCUGCUGAGUGGAUGCCCGGCCAGCCCCGGCCUGCUCACCUCGACGGAUCAACACCCGGAGAUUUCGGAUUUGAUCCACUAGGACUUGCAACAGUCCCGGAAAAUUUUGAGAGAUUUAAGGAGUCUGAGCUCUACCACUGCAGAUGGGCUAUGCUUGCUGUUCCAGGAAUUCUGGUGCCUGAGGCAUUGGGCUUGGGAAACUGGGUACAAGCUCAAGAAUGGGCUGCCAUUCCCGGAGGACAAGCAACUUACUUGGGCAAUCCAGUCCCAUGGGGUACCCUUCCCACCAUUUUGGCAAUUGAGUUCCUUGCUAUCGCCUUUGUUGAGCACCAACGAAGCAUGGAGAAGGACAUCGAAAAGAAGAAGUACCCUGGUGGCGCUUUUGAUCCCCUAGGCUACUCCAAGGACCCUAAGAAGUUCGAGGAGAUGAAGCUCAAGGAAGUCAAAAAUGGCCGUCUGGCUAUGCUGGCAUUCGUGGGAUUCUGCGUUCAACAAUCUGCUUACCCCGGGACAGGACCACUGGAGAACUUGGCAACUCACUUGGCUGACCCAUGGCACAACAACAUCGGAGACAUCGUCAUCCCUAGAGGACUGUAAACAUUAUUAUCAUGUACCUGAUGAGAAAAACUGAACUUGUAUAUCUAAUGUGUACCUAUAUCUUAUGAGUGUGGAUUACAAGUUUGAAGUUACAGUAGCUUAAUUGUCUAAAACCAAUUUAUUGUU